AUGAGAACAAGUCAUGUGUUCGGAAGCUGCUCCACCGGUAGUGCACUUUGGGUUAGACCCAACCGGAGACCCAAUUCCGGCAUUGGACCGUGGCCUUCGCCCACGCUCUGUGUGCCAAGUCGACGCCUUCGCCCGCCCCAGGGUCUUCCUGGAUAUGGCCAACCGGGGUCGCGGGCGCGGGUCUACUACGAGCUGGCAUGUCAGUCUGCUCAUUUGCUCGCCCACAAUGUGUUGUCCUUAUGCCACAAGCUCUCGGGUAGCCUAUUGGAUGAGCAGCAAAUGCAGCGGAAGGUGAAGAUGCUACAUAUCGCGCGACACCUGUCCAGCGACAUGCAUCGACAAGCCGGUUACUUCUUUCGCAUCGCCAUCGAGCUCUUGGGUCAUUGGCAGCUGACCGGCAGCUGCUCGCAACGUGAAGACGUGGCACAAGUCUUGGCGAACAGCCUUCAAAGCCAUUGGAAAAACAUGGCCAAGGCUUUGGAAGAGCUCGGCUGGCAGCAUCAAUCUUACGCGCCAGGCAUGGGAAGUACUUCCAAUGUGCUGGUGGAGAGGAUGACCUCACCUGCCCUGGUGGAUUUUUGGAUGAAGCUCGUCGAAGGUGUCAUGUCCACCACUUGCUUGGACCUGGUCCUCAACCUGGUGAUCUUGGUCUCCUACCUGGCCGAAGACGCCGUGCGCCUGAAGACGCACCUCUUCGCGCAGCUCUACCUCACCGAGCUCCGCCUCUCACCACCGGGCACGGCCGCGGAGGGCGUUGCCGUGGCGCUGCCGGUGGACAGGGCGGCACCGGCGUCACGUGGUCACGUGCCCUUCGUGUUCCGGCGCUGGCGCUGCUGCUUGCGCUAUCACGUCUUGUUGCAACUGCUGGAGGAGAUCGCGCAACAGAGAGCGCAAGAGACGAAGACACCCGUUUCGGUGUCGAUGAUCGAAAUCGGAGUGCACACGGCCUCGACGGCCAGAUUCUUGUUGGAUCGGGCACCCUUUUUGCAUUGGACGGGCAUCGACCCCUACGAAGAUCACUCGGGCGACGCGUUGUUCCACGAAGCCUCGCGGCACCUGGCGCGCUUCGGCCACCGGGCGCGGCUGCUGCGGCGACGCUCGGAGGAGGCCUGGGAGACCAGCGGCGCUCUCCAUGGAGUGGAGCUCCACUCGGUGGAUCUGUUGUUCGUGGACGGCGACCAUGACUACAACGCCACCUUCCAGGACCUCGUCGCCUGGGCGCGCUUCGUGCGCCCAGGCGGCAUCGUGGCGGGACACGACAUCUUCAAUCCGGUGAAUGAUGGUGUUACAGAGGCCGUGGAAGAUCUCCUGCGAGGAAAGAACGUCGUGGUGAACUUUGCAACAGAUCAUGUCUUCUGGUGGCAUACGUGA